UUCCCAGGAAAUGUCCCGGCCUCGCCGCCCGCCAUCAGGGUUCCCGGGCUCCUGAGCCUCCAGGAUGACAGAACGCCAGCUUGGCCAAAUCACUUGAUUGCCAGACUGCCUAAACGCAAGAUCUGCCUCUCUGGGUGACUCUGGCAGAGGGGGGUGGGGUGGGAUGUACAUCGGCAGGUGCUUUUACGCUGCGCUCGCCAGGCGGAGCCUUCUCCCCCUGCCAUGUUGCUCGCGGUCCUCUCCGGCCUCCCUCAUCUCCCUAGGCGUCUCUUCGCCCUAGGCAAGAGUUUGGCGUAGGCAACGAAGGGGCCCUCGUGACUGGCAGAGCAGCCUAGGGUAGACCAGCCUGAGACCGCUGCUGAGGCGGAGGGGGGUUGGUGUGUGUGUGUGUGUGUGUGGGGGGGAACUACGCUGCGCCCUUGUGGGUCUGAAGGCAGCCGCUACCAGCCUGUAGAAGAUAAGGGUUCACUUCCUUGGGAGAAACUCAUCUGGUUUGGGGCCCUGGUUGGGUGGGUAUGGGGGACAAGCAGAGUCCAGUCACUUAAAUUAGAGGGUAAAUUGUUCAAGGGACUCGUACACAACACUUCCAUCAAUCCCAUACCCGCUCCCGCCCCCAAUCUCAGUAUACAUCCCUGCGGUUUUGUCUUAGACUAGGGGUAGGACUGCCCUGGACUGAAUGAAGGGACCAUUCACCACCCCCACCCCUCCUGUUUCACUCACCCUUCAAUUCUUAACCCUGUCUUCUUCUGUGUCCACGAACCCAUCUCCUGGGGUGGGCUACAGCUAGCUGAGCUCCAGAGUGUCCUCCCCAGACCCAAGACUACAAGUUCAAAGCCAGUACCCAAGAUUUUCUCGCAAGACCCACGACUCCGGGGAACUGCAAUCUUCUUUGGUUACCUCUCCCCAGACAGUAUUCCCAUUUCCAAACGUGGAGGAGGCGUGUGUGUGUGUGCCUGAGUAUGCAAGAGUGUGUGUUUCUGUGCGUGAGUGCGUGUGUGUGUGUGUGUGUGUGUGUGUGUGUGUGUGUACACGGGAGGGGAUGUACUGAUGGUGAUCUUUUACAUGAAAACCGGAGGACUGAACUUAAAAGAAACUGGUCAAUUGUAGAACAAAUAGGAAUAAACAACCCUUUAGAUGUAAUUUGUGGUUUAUUAGGGGGUGCAGGUGGCGCUGAAGAACACCCCCCCAUCCAGUUUUUUUUUUUUCCUUAACUGCGCCUCCACCCCCAGCAUUUGGAGCGGCGGAGAAGCGGCUCCGGAGUGAUUAAUCCGGGGAUAAUUCACCCCCCCCCCGCCCCCCGGCGCGAACCCCGCGAAGCGGGAUUGGAGCGAGUCAUUUCCGAGAGCGCAGCGCGCCUCUCCCCGGCCGGGCGGACACUUGGUUCAUUCCAGCCGCAGAAGCUCAGGGCUCCCGCGUACCGGGAUUUUUUUCCCCCCCUCCCGGAGCAGGAAGAAAAAAAAAAAAAAAAAAAAAAAAAAAAGCUACAGAGCUCUCCUGACCUCCUUUCUCCUCGGCGGCGGGCGAAGCCUCUCCCUCGGGCUGCUGGCCGCGCUAUGCCGCGCUCGCGGGGACCGGAGCAAGGAUGUUGCGGCUGCCCGGCAGUGAGGGCUCGCGGCGAAAUCGGGAUUUGGGCGCUUGUGCCGGGUACCGGGAGUCGCUGGGGCCGCCCGCCGCCACCACCACCGCCGCCACCACCGCCGCCACCGCUGCUGCUGCUGCUGGGCUGGGGGCUGCUCAGUGCCUCGGCUGCCGCGGGCCAGAACUGCACAUUCCACCUUCAGGGUCCCAAUGGCACAGUGGAGAGCCCAGGGUUCCCUUACGGCUACCCGAACUACGCCAACUGCACGUGGACCAUCACCGCGGAGGACCAGCACAGGAUCCAGCUCGUGUUCCAGUCCUUUGCAUUAGAGGAGGACUUUGAUGUCCUAUCAGUGUUUGAUGGCCCACCCCAGGCAGAGAACCUUCGAACAAGGCUCACCGGCUUUCAGCUACCAGCCACCAUAGUCAGUGCGGCCAGCACCUUGUCCCUGAGCCUCAUCAGCGACUAUGCAGUCAGUGCCCAGGGCUUCCGUGCCAGCUAUGAAGUUCUUCCGAGUCACACUUGUGGGAACCCAGGGAGGCUGCCCAAUGGUAUCCAGCAAGGCUCCACCUUCAACCUGGGCGACAAGGUCCGCUAUAGCUGCAACCCCGGCUUCUUCCUGGAGGGCCACGCGGUGCUCACCUGCCAUGCCAGCUCCGAGAACAGUGCCACGUGGGACUUCCCUUUGCCUUCCUGCAGAGCGGAUGACGCCUGUGGAGGGACCCUGCGGGGCCAGAGUGGAAUCAUCUCCAGUCCCCACUUUCCUGCCGAGUAUCACAACAAUGCUGACUGCACAUGGACCAUCCUGGCUGAACUUGGAGACACCAUCGCCCUGGUUUUUAUUGACUUCCAGCUAGAGGAUGGCUAUGACUUCCUGGAGGUCACGGGGACCGAAGGCUCCUCUCUCUGGUUUACCGGAGCCAGCCUCCCAGCCCCUGUCAUCAGCAGCAAGAACUGGCUGCGGCUCCACUUCACAUCAGAUGGUAACCACCGGCAGCGAGGCUUCAGCGCCCAGUACCAAGUCAAGAAGCAGAUUGAGCUGAAGUCUCGAGGCGUGAAGCUGAUGCCCAGCAAGGACAAUAACCAGAAGACAUCUGUGUUAACUCAGGUUGGUGUGUCCCAAGGACAUAAUAUGUGUCCAGACCCUGGCAUACCUGAAAAGGGAAAAAGACUAGGCUCAGACUUCAGGUUAGGAUCCAGCGUCCAGUUCACCUGCAACGAGGGCUAUGACCUGCAAGGGUCCAAGAGAAUCACCUGCAUGAAAGUGAGCGACAUGUUUGCAGCAUGGAGUGACCACAGGCCGGUCUGCCGAGCCCGCAUGUGUGAUGCCCACCUCCGAGGUCCCUCGGGUAUCAUCACGUCCCCCAACUUCCCCAUUCAGUAUGACAACAAUGCACACUGCGUGUGGAUCAUCACUGCACUCAACCCUGCCAAGGUGAUCAAACUGGCCUUUGAAGAGUUCGAUCUGGAGAGGGGCUAUGACACCCUGACAGUCGGGGACGGUGGGCAGGAUGGGGACCAGAAGACAGUCCUCUACAUCCUGACAGGUACCUCCGUCCCAGACCUCAUCGUCAGCACACACCAUCAAAUGUGGCUCCUCUUCCAGAGUGACAGCAGUGGCAGCUCCCUGGGAUUCAAGGCUUCCUACGAAGAGAUCGAACAGGGCAGUUGUGGAGACCCUGGCAUACCUGCCUAUGGCCAGAGAGAAGGCUCUCGCUUUCGCCAUGGUGACACGCUCGAGUUUGAAUGCCAGCCUGCCUUUGAGCUGGUGGGGCAGAAAUCAAUCACGUGCCAAAAGAAUAACCAGUGGUCGGCUAAGAAGCCAGGCUGUGUGUUUUCCUGCUUCUUCAACUUCACCAGUCCAUCCGGGAUCGUCCUGUCUCCCAACUACCCUGAAGACUAUGGCAACCACCUCCAUUGUGUCUGGCUCAUCCUGGCCCGGCCUGAGAGCCGCAUCCACCUGGCCUUCAAUGACAUCGACGUGGAACCUCAGUUUGAUUUCCUGGUUAUUAAAGAUGGAGCCACCGCUGAAGCCCCGGUCCUUGGUACCUUCUCGGGAAAUCAGCUCCCCUCCUCCAUCACCAGCAGUGGCCAUGUGGCCCGUCUAGAGUUCCAGACUGACCACUCCACAGGGAAGAGGGGUUUCAACAUCACCUUUACCACCUUCCGACAUAAUGAGUGCCCGGAUCCUGGCGUCCCAGUUAACGGCAAGCGGUUUGGUGACAGCCUGCAGCUGGGCAGCUCCAUCUCCUUCCUGUGUGAUGAAGGCUUCCUCGGGACGCAGGGCUCUGAGACCAUCACCUGUGUUCUGAAGGAGGGCAGCGUGGUGUGGAACAGUGCCGUGCUGCGCUGUGAAGCUCCUUGUGGUGGUCACCUGACUUCGCCCAGCGGGACCAUCCUAUCUCCAGGCUGGCCUGGUUUCUACAAGGAUGCCCUGAGCUGCGCCUGGGUGAUCGAAGCCCAGCCUGGAUACCCCAUCAAAAUUACAUUCGACAGGUUUAAAACGGAGGUCAACUAUGACACCCUGGAAGUGCGAGAUGGACGGACAUACUCAGCACCUUUGAUUGGCGUUUACCAUGGGACCCAGGUGCCCCAGUUCCUCAUCAGCACCAGCAACUACCUCUACCUCCUCUUCUCUACUGACAAGAGUCACUCAGACAUCGGCUUUCAGCUCCGCUAUGAGACUAUUACACUGCAGUCAGACCACUGUCUGGACCCAGGCAUCCCCGUCAAUGGGCAACGUCAUGGAAAUGACUUCUAUGUGGGUGCUCUGGUGACCUUCAGCUGUGACUCGGGCUACACAUUAAGUGAUGGGGAGCCCCUGGAGUGUGAGCCAAAUUUCCAGUGGAGUCACGCCCUGCCCAGCUGUGAAGCUCUCUGCGGUGGCUUCAUUCAAGGUUCCAGUGGCACCAUCUUGUCACCAGGGUUCCCUGACUUCUACCCCAACAACUUGAACUGCACCUGGGUUAUUGAGACAUCACAUGGCAAGGGCGUGUUCUUUACUUUCCAUACCUUCCACCUGGAGAGCGGCCAUGACUACCUCCUCAUCACUGAGAACGGCAGCUUCUCCCAGCCCCUGAGGCAACUGACCGGCUCGAGGCUGCCAGCCCCCAUCAGUGCCGGGCUCUAUGGCAACUUCACCGCUCAAGUCCGCUUCAUCUCUGAUUUCUCCAUGUCCUAUGAGGGAUUCAACAUCACCUUCUCAGAGUAUGACCUGGAGCCCUGCGAAGAGCCCGAGGUUCCAGCCUACAGCAUCCGAAAGGGCUUGCAGUUUGGUGUGGGCGACACCCUGACCUUUUCCUGCUUCCCCGGGUACCGUCUGGAGGGCACGGCCCGCAUCACGUGCCUGGGGGGCAGACGGCGCCUGUGGAGCUCGCCUCUGCCAAGGUGUGUUGCGGAGUGUGGGAACUCAGUCACAGGCACUCAGGGCACUUUGCUGUCCCCCAACUUUCCUGUGAACUACAAUAACAACCACGAGUGUAUCUACUCCAUCCAGACCCAGCCGGGGAAGGGGAUUCAGCUUAAAGCCAAGGCAUUUGAGCUCGCUGAAGGAGACCUCCUCAAGGUCUAUGACGGCACUAACAACUCUGCCCGUUUGCUGGGGGUCUUCAGCCGCUCUGAGAUGUUGGGGGUGACUUUGAACAGCACGUCUAGCAGCUUGUGGCUUGACUUCAUCACAGAUGCAGAAAACACCAGCAAAGGCUUUGAACUUCAGUUCUCUAGUUUCGAGCUCAUCCGAUGUGAGGACCCAGGGACCCCACAGUUCGGCUACAAGGUUCACGAUGGAGGUCAUUUUGCAGGGAGCUCGGUGACCUUCAGCUGUGACCCUGGCUACAGUCUUCGGGGCAGUGAGGAACUGAUGUGUCUGAGUGGUGAACGCAGGACGUGGGACCGACCGCUGCCAACCUGUGUCGCUGAGUGUGGAGGGACAGUAAGAGGAGAGGUGUCAGGGCAGGUGCUGUCGCCCGGGUACCCGGCUCCCUAUGAACACAAUCUCAACUGCAUCUGGACCAUCGAGGCAGACGCCGGGUGCACCAUUGGGCUCCACUUCCUGGUGUUUGACACAGAAGAAGUCCACGAUGUGCUGCGCAUCUGGGAUGGACCUGUGGAAAGUGGGGUCCUCCUCAAGGAGCUGAGUGGCCCAAUGCUGCCCAAGGACCUGCACAGCACCUUCAACUCGGUCGUCCUGCAGUUCAGCACGGACUUCUUCACCAGCAAGCAAGGCUUUGCCAUCCAGUUCUCAGUGUCCACCGCAACCUCCUGCAAUGACCCGGGAGUCCCGCAGAAUGGGAGUCGGAGUGGUGACAGCUGGGAAGCCGGUGAUAGCACAGUGUUCCAGUGUGACCCAGGCUAUGCUCUGCAGGGGAGCGCAGAGAUCAGCUGCGUGAAGAUCCAGAACCGAUUCUUCUGGCAGCCCAGCCCGCCCACGUGCAUCGCUCCUUGUGGGGGAGACCUAACCGGGCCAUCAGGAGUCAUUCUGUCACCAAACUACCCAGAACCCUACCCACCAGGCAAGGAGUGUGACUGGAAAGUGACCGUCUCUCCAGACUACGUCAUCGCCCUGGUAUUUAACACAUUUAACUUGGAGCCUGGCUAUGAUUUUCUUCACAUCUACGAUGGAAGGGACUCUCUGAGCCCUCUCAUAGGAAGCUUCUAUGGCUCACAGCUCCCCAGCCGCAUUGAAAGCAGCAGCAACAGCCUCUUCCUCGCCUUCCGCAGCGACGCAUCUGUGAGCAAUGCUGGCUUCGUUAUUGACUACACAGAAAACCCAAGGGAGUCCUGUUUUGACCCUGGUUCGAUCAAGAACGGCACUCGAGUGGGCUCCGACCUGAAGCUUGGUUCUUCUGUCACCUACUACUGCCACGGGGGCUAUGAGGUGGAAGGAGCCUCCACCCUGAGCUGCAUCCUGGGACCUGAUGGGAAGCCGAUGUGGAACAAUCCGAGGCCAGUUUGCACAGCUCCCUGUGGUGGACAGUAUGUGGGUUCAGAUGGAGUGGUCCUGUCUCCAAACUACCCCCAGAACUAUACCAGUGGACAGACGUGCUUGUAUUUUGUCACCGUGCCUAAGGACUACGUGGUGUUCGGCCAGUUUGCCUUCUUCCACACGGCCCUCAAUGACAUCGUGGAGGUACACGACGGCUACAGCCAGCACUCCCGGCUCCUCAGCUCCCUCUCAGGCUCUCACACAGGAGAGUCGCUGCCCUUGGCCACCUCCAAUCAAGUUCUCAUCAAGUUUAGCGCCAAAGGUCAAGUAUCAGCCCGGGGGUUCCACUUUGUCUACCAAGCGGUACCCCGAACCAGCGCCACACAGUGCAGCUCUGUGCCAGAACCUCGCUAUGGCAAGAGGCUUGGCAGUGACUUCUCCGUGGGGGCCAUCAUUCGCUUUGAAUGCAACUCAGGCUAUGCCCUGCAGGGGUCCCCAGAGAUCGAGUGCCUCCCUGUACCUGGGGCACUGGCCCAGUGGAAUGUCUCUGCACCAACCUGUGUGGUGCCGUGUGGUGGCAACCUCACUGAGCGCAGGGGCACCAUCCUGUCCCCUGGCUUCCCAGAGCCAUAUCUCAACAGCCUCAACUGUGUGUGGAAGAUCAUGGUCCCGGAAGGCGCUGGCAUCCAGAUUCAAGUCAUCAGUUUUGUCACAGAGCAGAACUGGGACUCUCUAGAAGUGUUUGACGGAGCAGAUAACACCGUAACCAUGCUGGGGAGUUUCUCGGGAACAACAGUACCAGCCCUCCUGAAUAGCACCUCCAAUCAACUCUAUCUCCACUUCUACUCUGACAUCAGUGUGUCUGCUGCUGGCUUCCACUUGGAAUAUAAGACCGUGGGCUUGAGCAGUUGUCCCGAACCAGCUGUACCCAGCAAUGGGGUGAAGACAGGAGAGCGCUAUUUGGUGAACGACGUGGUCUCUUUCCAGUGUGAGCCAGGAUAUGCCCUCCAGGGCCAUGCCCACAUCUCCUGCAUGCCCGGGACUGUGCGUCGAUGGAACUACCCCCCUCCGCUCUGCAUUGCGCAAUGUGGGGGAGCAGUGGAAGAGAUGGAAGGGGUGAUCCUGAGCCCCGGUUUCCCGGGCAACUACCCCAGUAAUAUGGAUUGUUCCUGGAAGAUCUCGCUGCCCGUGGGCUUUGGUGCUCACAUCCAGUUUUUGAACUUCUCCACGGAGCCCAACCACGACUUCUUAGAAAUCCGGAGCGGCCCCUCCGAGACCAGCCGCAUGAUGGGAAGGUUCAGCGGGAGUGAGCUGCCUGGAUCCCUGCUCUCCACGUCCCACGAUAGCAUCGUGUACUUCCACAGCGACCAUUCCCAGAACCGGCCAGGAUUCAAGCUGGAGUACCAGGCCUACGAACUCCAAGAGUGCCCAGACCCAGAGCCUUUUGCCAAUGGCAUCGUGAGGGGAGCUGGCUAUAAUGUUGGACAAUCAGUGACCUUCGAGUGCCUUCCAGGAUAUCAACUGACCGGCCAGCCUGUCCUCACCUGUCAGCAUGGCACCAAUCGGAACUGGGACCACCCCCUACCCAGGUGUGAAGUCCCCUGUGGUGGGAACAUCACCUCUUUUAAUGGCACCGUGUAUUCGCCUGGAUACCCCAGUCCCUACUCCAGCUCCCAGGACUGCGUCUGGCAGAUCACUGUCCCCAUUGGUCAUGGCGUUCAUCUCAACCUCAGCCUGCUCCAGAUAGAGCCCUUCGGAGACUACAUCACUGUCUGGGAUGGGCCACAGCAGACAUCUCUGCAGCUUGGGGUCUUCACCCGGAGUUUGUCCAAGAAAAUAGCACACAGCUCCUCCAACCAGGUCCUGCUCAAGUUCCACCGGGACACGGCCACGGGUGGGAUCUUCGCCAUUGCCUUCUCAGCUUAUCCACUCACCAAGUGCCCUCCCCCGACCAUCCUCCCCAAUGCUGAAGUGGUCACAGAGAACGAAGAAUUCAACAUAGGUGACAUCGUCCGCUACAGGUGCCUCCCAGGCUUUACCUUAGUGGGGAGUGAAAUCCUGACCUGCAAGCUGGGAACCUACCUGCAGUUUGAAGGUCCACCCCCAAUAUGCGAAGUGCACUGCCCGACCAAUGAGCUUCUGACAGACUCCACUGGAGUGAUCCUUAGCCAGAGCUAUCCCGGAAGCUACCCACAGUUCCAGACCUGCUCCUGGCUGGUGAGGGUUGAGCCAGAGUACAAUAUCUCGAUCACGGUGGAGUACUUCCUUAGCGAGAAGCAGUAUGAUGAAUUUGAGAUCUUUGACGGUCCCUCAGGGCAAAGUCCUCUACUGAAAGCUCUCAGUGGGAAUUACUCGGCUCCCUUGAUUGUCACCAGCUCAAGCAACUCUGUGUACCUGCGCUGGUCAUCUGACCACGCCUAUAACCGGAAGGGUUUUAAGAUUCGGUAUUCAGCCCCCUACUGCAGCCUGCCUAAGGCUCCACUCCACGGCUUCAUCCUGGGCCAGACAACCACCCAGCCGGGCGGCUCCAUCCACUUCGGAUGCAACACAGGCUACCGUUUGGUGGGACACAGCAUGGCUAUCUGUACCCGACACCCGCAAGGCUACCACCUAUGGAGUGAGGCCAUUCCUCUCUGUCAAGCUCUUUCCUGUGGUCUCCCUGAUGCUCCCAAAAAUGGAAUUGUGUUUGGCAAGGAGUACACCGUGGGGACUAAGGCUGUGUACAGCUGCAAUGAAGGCUACCAUCUCCAGGCGGGUGCCGAGGCCACCGCAGAGUGUCUGGAUACUGGCCUGUGGAGCAACAGCAAUGUCCCCCCUCAGUGUGUCCCUGUGACUUGUCCUGAUAUCAGCAGCAUCAGUGUGGAGCACGGCCGGUGGAGGCUCAUCUUUGAGACCCAGUAUCAGUUCCAGGCCCAGCUGAUGCUCAUCUGUGACCCUGGCUACUACUACACGGGCCAAAGGGUCAUCCGCUGCCAGGCCAACGGGAGGUGGAGCCUGGGAGAGUCGAUGCCCACCUGCCAAAUCAUCUCCUGUGGAGAGCUCCCCACACCCCCAAGUGGGCACCGCAUUGGAACUAUGUCUGUCUAUGGGGCGACUGCCAUCUUCUCCUGCAAUUCCGGAUAUACACUGGUGGGCUCCAGGGUGCGGGAGUGCAUGGCCAAUGGACUCUGGAGUGGCUCUGAAGUCCGCUGCCUUGCUGGACACUGUGGGACUCCAGAGCCCAUUGUCAACGGACACAUCAACGGGGAAAACUUCAACUACCGAGGCAGCGUGGUGUACCAGUGCAGGGCUGGCUUCCGCCUGAUCGGCAUGUCUGUGCGCAUCUGCCAGCAGGAUCAUCACUGGUCGGGCAAGACCCCUUUCUGUGUGCCAAUUACCUGUGGACACCCAGGCAAUCCAGUCAACGGCCUUACUCAGGGCAGCCAGUUCAACCUCAACGACGUGGUCAAGUUCAUUUGCAACCCAGGAUACAUAGCUGAGGGGGCUGCGAGGUCCCAGUGCCUGGCCAGUGGGCAGUGGAGCGACACACUGCCUACCUGCAGAAUCAUCAACUGUACGGAUCCCGGGCACCAGGAGAACAGUGUCCGGCAAGUCCACACCAGCGGGCCCCACAGAUUCAGCUUCGGCACCACCGUUUCCUACCAGUGCAACCACGGCUUCUACCUCCUGGGCACUCCUGCCCUCAGCUGCCAGGGAGACGGCACCUGGGACCGGCCCCGCCCACAGUGUCUCUUGGUGUCCUGUGGCCAUCCUGGCUCUCCACCUCAUGCCCAAAUGUCUGGAGACAGCUACAUAGUGGGGGCCGUUGUGCGUUACAGCUGCACGGGCAAGCGGACUCUGGUGGGAAACUCCACCCGCAUGUGUGGACUGGACGGACACUGGACAGGCUCCCUCCCCCACUGCUCAGGAACCAGCACAGGAGUUUGUGGUGACCCAGGGAUCCCAGCCCAUGGCAUCCGCCUAGGAGACAGCUUUGCCCCAGGCAGUGUAAUGCGCUUUAGUUGUGACGCUGGCCACGUGCUCCGGGGAUCUUCCGAGCGAAUGUGUCAAGCCAAUGGCUCCUGGAGCGGGUCGCAGCCUGAGUGUGGAGUGAUCUCAUGUGGGAACCCCGGAACUCCAAGCAAUGCCCGAGUGGUGUUCAGCGAUGGCCUGGUGUUCUCCAGUUCCGUUGUCUAUGAGUGUCGUGAAGGCUACUAUGCCACGGGCCUGCUCAGCCGACACUGCUCUGUCAAUGGCACCUGGACAGGCAGUGACCCUGAGUGCACAGUUAUAAACUGUGGUGACCCUGGGAUUCCAGCCAAUGGCAUCCGGCUGGGCAAUGACUUCAGGUACAACAAGACUGUGACAUACCAGUGUGUCCCCGGCUAUGUGAUGGAAUCACACAGAGUGUCUGUGCUGAGCUGCACCAAGGACCGGACCUGGAACGGUACCAAGCCGGUUUGCAAAGCUAUCAUGUGCAAACCUCCUCAGCUCAUCCCGAAUGGGAAAGUGGUGGGGUCUGACUUCACGUGGGGCUCUAGCGUGAGCUAUGCCUGCCUGGAGGGAUACCAGCUCUCCCUGCCUGCCGUGCUCACCUGCGAGGGAAACGGAUCCUGGACCGGAGAGCUGCCUCAGUGCUUCCCGGUGUUCUGCGGAGACCCAGGGGUCCCCCCUCGAGGGAGGAGAGAGGACCGAGGUUUCUCCUACAGGUCAUCUGUGUCCUUCUCCUGCCACGCUCCUCUGGUGCUGGUGGGCUCCCCACGGAGGUUUUGCCAGUCAGACGGGACGUGGAGUGGCACACAGCCCAGCUGCAUAGAUCCCACGCUGACCACAUGUGCAGAUCCUGGCAUGCCGCAGUUUGGAAUACAGAACAGCUCCCAAGGCUAUCAGGUUGGGAGCACGGUGCUAUUCCGUUGUCAGAAAGGUUACCUGCUUCAGGGAUCCACCACCAGGACCUGCCUUCCCAACCUGACCUGGAGUGGAACCCCACCUGACUGUGUCCCCCACCACUGCAAACAACCAGAGACGCCCACACACGCCAAUGUCGGGGCCCUGGACCUGCCAUCCAUGGGUUACACACUCAUCUACUCCUGCCAGGAGGGCUUCUCCCUCCGGGGUGGCUCCGAGCACCGUACCUGCAAAGCCGACGGCAGCUGGACAGGCAAACCGCCCGUCUGCCUGGCAGAGGUCCGGCCCAGCGGGAGACCCAUCAACACAGCCCGGGAGCCUAUGCUCACCCAAGCCUCAGUUCCAGGGGAUGUUUUUGCCAAGAACUCCUUGUGGAAAGGGGCCUAUGAAUACCAGGGGAAGAAGCAGCCAGCCAUGCUUAGAGUCACCGGCUUCCAGGUAGCCAACAGCAAGGUCAACGCCACCAUGAUCGACCACAGUGGGGUGGAACUGCAUUUGGCAGGAAACUAUAAAAAGGAAGAUUUCCGCCUCCUGCUUCAAGUCUACCAGGUCACGGGGCCUGUGGAGAGCUUUGUGAAUAAGUUCAAAGAUGACCACUGGGCGUUAGAUGGCCAUGUUUCCUCGGAGUCUUCUGGAGGCACCUUCGUCUACCAAGGCUCCGUCAAGGGCCAAGGCUUUGGGCAGUUCGGCUUUCAAAGACUUGACCUCAGGCUGUUGGAGUCAGAUCCCGAGUCCAUCGGCCGGCACUUUGCUUCCAACAGCAGCUCAGUGGCCGCCGCCAUCCUGGUGCCUUUCAUCGCUCUCAUCAUCGCCGGCUUCGUCCUCUAUCUCUACAAGCACAGGAGAAGACCCAAAGUCCCAUUCAAUGGCUAUGCUGGCCACGAGAACACAAACGUGCGGGCCACAUUUGAGAACCCCAUGUAUGACCGCAACAUCCAGCCCACAGACAUCAUGAGCAACGAGGCGGAGUUCACAGUCAGCACGGUGUGUACUGCGGUAUAGCCCCCAGGCCUGGCUGCAGCUGCCACCGCCACCGAGUGCCCCGCCGCCAGCAGCCGGUGAGAUUCGGGGGCUGGAGAGGGUGGGAGACAGACCGGCUCUGCAGGGGACACAGUGACCUGUGUACACACUGCUCCUGCACACAGGGGCACCCCACCACCACAGGCAUGGAGAGCUGGCCAGUAGCAUUAGGACCCUCACUGCAGAUGAGAAAACUGAAUUUAAGCACGUGAACAUUAACAAACUUGAACAAGGCCAUGUAUCUAAGAAGAGUGGGUCAGAAUCCGAACUGCAAUAGGAAAGCUGACCCACAAGGGAAUCAAAGAUAUAACCCGAAAGAAGCCAGGCGGGUGUGGCAAACCACCCGUUGGGGAAGUAGAGAGAGGAGGAGGUGUCAGGAGCAAGAUGGUGGCCAGACUAGUUGAUAUGUGAAGGGACCAGAAUCAACAUCUGGCCUCCACAUACAUACAUGCAUGCAUGAGCACUGCACUUUGUGUUGCCUGUGCAUAUGCAAACAUGCAGACACCACACACACAUGCACAAGCAUGCAUGCACACAUGUAUGCACUUGUGCAUGAACAUGUGCACUGCACACACACUGACACACACACACACAUGGGGGUUGGUGGGUAAUUAAUGCUCUGCCACUGUGCACACUCCCUACAUGUUCCCAUCCCCAGUUGGAGAAGACUAAAAUCCAAAAGCGAAAGACAGAACCAACUGAUGCCCUUCUGUUCUUUCCUCCUGCUUGGCUUUGCCUCUUUGCCACCCCUCACCCUUCCACUCCUGUUCCCACCCCCACCUCACCCCUCCUUCCUCUCUUCCACCUACCUGCUGUGGUCUGUUGGUUCCCAGCUCCCCCCAGGGGGCAGGAAGGAGCUCCCCUGAGCACAGCGCCCAGUGCCCAUCUUCGUCUGUCCCUCCGCCUACGUCUGCCACUGCUGGGCCUCGGGCCCUUGCCUGCCCUGCCUCCAUCUGUGCUCGUCACCCUGGAGAGGACUCCACGAUGCCCUGCGUUGGGCAGCAGAGGAAGAGGGCUGCAGCUGGAGGGAGGCAGAUGGAUGCAGACAGCAGAGUGAAUGAUGGGUGUGCACCUGAGCGCACACAGCCUCUCCUUCACUGUGUCCUACAGAAGAGACCACAGAGGCUUAAGAAAGGGAAGCGUGUGUAUGCGUGUGCGUGGGUGCAUGGGUGGGUGGGUGUGUGUAUUGCGUGUGUGUGUGUGUGUGAAAGAUGCCCUAGACACUGUCCCCACAAACCCAGAGGAGAUGAUGAGAAAAGCAUCAUUGCCUCUCAAACCAAUGUGUCCCCAUGUGUAGGGACAUGAAGAAUGAGUAAGAAGGUCACAUCUCAUGGGAGGUAGCAUGCAGAAGCCACCUGGCUGCAGGGGUGGCCCCAUUUGCACAUCGAUAGCAAGGAUUACCUGGAAGAAAAGGGGGGACGUUCUUCAGAUAUAAUUAGGUAAUCAAUGCAAUUGUUUUUUUAACCAUAAUGACACUGAGUUCUAAGCCCAGUGAGUUAAGAAGUUAUUUGGGGUCCUGGGCAUCUUUGGAAACGAAGGGUAAAGUCAUGGUGGAGUGGGGGAUACAGCAGGAAUCUGACUCAGGAGCCUGGCAUCACCUCUGACUGUCAGCUGACCACAAGAAGAGAAAAAGACCUCUACAGACCAGACAGCACACCCUGGAGAGGACAGGAGCAAACCAGCCCUGGCUCCCAAAAGGUGGCAGCCACCGCUUGCUGACUUAUUCUCCGUGCCUGACUCUUUAUGUGUCACUUCUAGUUCUUCAAACACCACCAAAGCAGGACUCGCUGUUUCCAUUCAGGGGUCAGGGAAGAUGGACGCAUGAGCCACAAAAUACGCAGGAGGUGUAGGUGUAAACGCGAAUCUCUCUGACCCUGAUGUCCGCUGCACCUGCUACCAGAAUACCCAGGUCUACAGUGGGCACCAAAGGCAGGAAGGGAGGGGAGUCUCAACAAGAAGAUGUGUGUGUCUAAUCUGGAUGCUGCCGUCUGUGCCUGGGCAGCACCAGAUGAAGCACCCAGUGCCCCAGCCUCCUGAAUUGGUGCUCGCCUCUUGGCUUCCAACAGCCCGCAACCACAGCAGAGGACCUGGCAGCUCCUUAAUCAAGAGAACGGAGCAAAAAUCCCAUUCUCUCCAGCUCCUGGCGGGUGUCUCAGAGUCAUUUAGGCCAGUGUUUCUCAACCUGUGGAUCACGACCCCUUUGUGGGUCAAGUGUCCCUUUCACAGGCCUAAGACCAUCCUGCAUAUCAGAUAUUUACAUUAUAAUUCAUAACAGUAGCAAAAUUACAGUUAUGAAAAGGCAACAAAAAAUUUUAUGUUGGGGGGUCACCAUCACGUGAGGAACUGUAUUAAAGGGCGGCAGCGACAGGAAGGUUGAGAACCACUGAAUUAGACAAUGUCACUGUGUUUAGGUCAUUAAUGAAUUCCUUAUGAGUGUGGUCGGGAAGCUCGUGAGUUUAGAAAUCAACAUAAUAACAUUUAGAUUCACCUUUCCCGUGUCUUACGGAAGGUCCCCAUGAGCAUACACCCCUGCUUCUGUGUGAACCGCAGUCUCCGACGCUUGUAGGACAUAUUGAAAUAACAAAUAGAAUGUGUGUGGGGAUGGACGGGGAGAGCCAUGCAGUUCACAGGAACAAUUAAAAGAGCUCGAUGAUGGACGGGCUGAAGUGAGGGGGUCUCCAUUUCCAGCAGGAGCAUCAAAGACCACAAGGGCAGGCCCACUCCUGCCCACACACCCUCUGGCCCUCUGGGACUUAGCAUCCCUGCAUCGGGUGGGAGAGGACCAGUCUAGACAAACUUGUUCAUGCCCAUUCUGCCCUUGAUGGUGAAUGCAGGAGGUUUUCGGGCUCCUUCCCCCCUCCUCCCCAGAGCUAGUCCAGUCUGCUCACCCAGCCCUGCCUCCUCCCCUCCCACUGUGUGUGCUUGGGAGGUCCCAGGAGACACUCAAGGAGCAAAGGCUGGUGGGCACCCAGCAUCUGCUGUGUGUUACCCUCUCUCUGGCUUUGGGCACUUUUUCUUCAUCCCCAGAGGCUCAGAAGAGAACUAGGCAGAUUAAGCCCUUCACCCACCAUCCCUGUAUCUACCACCUCCAUCCCACGAGGAAAAAAAAAAAGUAAAACAAAAACAAAAAAAAAAUCUUUUGUACAGAGAUAUAUUUUUAUUAUACAAAGUUUGUACAGUACCAAAAAAAGACAGGAAAAAAAGGUGUACAUUUUUUUUCAUUAUUGUAGGUAAAUGGUGUGGGAGCCUUUUUUGUAAAUGUAAUAAAAUGUAUAAAUAUGGUUUUCAGAAAGCAUCCCUGCUGUAAAUAUGUAAUCUACACCCCUUCUCGGCUUGUCUGCAGUCUGUGCAUUUAAUUUAUCUCUCCCUGUAUAUGAGGCUUCCCCUAGGGUUCUGCGUUAUGGGACUUUCCGGAAUUUGAAAGCAAUUUUAAAUUUUUUGAAUUCAAAUAAAAUAUAAAUUUUUGCAUUGGUUUUCUUA